AUGGAUUUGGGCAAGGAUAAAGGACUUUUGACACGAUUCACGAGAAUUCGAAAGAAACCACAGCAGCCUUUGACGGAUCUAACCGAACUCUACAGCCGUUUAGCCAAUGAAUCGAUCUAUUAUUUAAAUCUGGAAGAGAAAAGUGACUUUCACAAAGCAGUUUCGGGCUGGAAAGCUCUUAAUACGCAUGUUCUGUAUGCACUGACGCAGAUAGAACACCAAUAUCCAAACAUACAGAAUUACUCGAGAGAUGAGCUCAGCAUUCAAAAUGGGGUGCGAGAACUGUUGCAUCGCAGUCAAAUGCAUUUAGAACGGGUCAUGGAAUUGGAAAAGCAACAUUGCCCGCCAACAGCAAUGAACGAACGACCAGCGGCAAAAAGACCGGUUCCACCUAUGAUGGGGUCGAGAUCGAUGUUAAAGACACUGAGAGACCCUCAUCUGGGUCAGUACAACAAAAAUUACACGGUUUCGGCGCCCACAAUAGCUGCAUCGACUAGUGCGACAGGCAGUCGAAGUAACAGCAACAACGGGAAAAUCAAUUUCACAACUUCCAAGCCAUUGAAAACGUCCCAAAGCAACGACGCGUUCAAGGAAUUCGAUGAGGACCAGAAACUGGUGGAUUUUUCGGAUGACGACGACAAUGAGGACGCGAAAAGUGAUCAAACCUUUGGAUUCGACGUACAGGACUACUUCGACGAUUAUUUGGAGGUUGAUCAGGAGGAAAUGAAGCGACUGGAGGCGCUCAACUCUCUCGAAGGCGUCAGAAAAGAUAUGACAGACCUCACAUUGGACACCAAACCCAUAAGCGUCAAGAAAAGUGAGCCUCCCGCUCCGCUAAAGCACACACGAUCGACACCCGCUUUGGAGCAAAAAAAACCAGUACCGAGAACUGCCAUUACACCUGUGCCGAAACCGCCAGUCAGUGUGAAUCCACAAAAAAUUCAAUAUCCAGCAUCUGCGCCCAAGAGCGCAGCGAAAAAACCUGCUAUUAAUCCAACUACCAGGUUACGUCAUAAACCACCAUCCAACAUACAGCAUUCAAAGCCUGCGCAAGCGGUUAGGACGCGAAGCGCACCCACUUCAAAUCAAGAAUCCCCAAUCGUUAAUAAGAGGGUUGUUCGUGCGAAGAAGCCCACACUUGCAGCCAAGCCAGUGUCUACCAAAAAUUUGGUGAGCCAAAAAAAACCUCAGGCCUCGCGAACGCCAAACAUUUCCAAGCAAGCCGUCUCUACUACUGAUCAGCGGAAAAAAACUGUGAAAACGGAUCCUGCAUCUACAAAGAACGACAAAGAGGAGUCGCCUGUUUCAGAGGACCUUACCGAUAGCGACAAAAAGGCUCUCAAAGAAGAGUUGGAAGAUGAAAUCAUUGCGCAACUCAGAGGCGUUGAUCCCACCGCUGCAAAGCAAAUUUUUUCCGAAAUCGUAGUAAGGGGAGAUGAGGUUCAUUGGGACGAUAUUGCGGGCCUUGAGGCGGCUAAAAGCUCGCUCAAAGAAGCCGUGGUGUAUCCAUUUUUAAGGCCAGAUCUUUUUCGAGGUCUACGUGAACCCGUGCGCGGGAUGUUACUAUUUGGUCCUCCGGGUACCGGGAAAACAAUGCUGGCAAGGGCAGUCGCUACGGAAUCGAACUCGACAUUUUUUUCCAUCAGUGCGUCAAGUCUGACGUCCAAAUAUCUGGGUGAAAGCGAGAAACUGGUUCGAGCUCUGUUCGCCAUCGCAAAGAAAUUGUCACCAUCCAUAGUGUUCGUGGACGAGAUCGAUUCCAUUAUGGGGAGCCGGAACAACGACGGCGAAAACGAGUCGAGUCGAAGAAUUAAAAACGAGUUUCUAGUGCAAUGGUCGUCGCUUUCCAGCGCUGCUGCGGGGAAAAAGGGCGAUAAGAAUGAGGACGGUGGUGAUGACGAAGAAGACGAGCGUGUUUUGGUGCUCGCAGCCACUAAUCUUCCCUGGAGCAUUGACGAGGCCGCACGCCGGCGAUUUGUGAGAAGACAAUACAUACCGCUGCCGGAGCUGGAGACUCGCAAGAAACAGCUAGUCAAGCUUUUGGCGCACCAAAAACACACGUUGACGGAAGAAGAUUUCGAACAGGUCUUGCAGCUGACUGAAGGAUACUCUGGUAGUGACAUCACGUCUUUGGCCAAGGAUGCGGCUAUGGGGCCACUACGCGAGCUUGGUGACAAGCUUCUUUUUACGCCUCGCGACCAGAUCCGGCCCAUCGCCUUGGACGACGUCAAGAACAGUUUGAGCUAUAUCAAGCCGUCUGUAUCGACCGAAGGUCUUGAACAGUACGAGGAUUGGGCUCGAAAGUUUGGAUCCUCCGGUGUAUAG